UUUCCCGCCAAAUUGGACUUUUCAGCGGUGAUCAAGAAAAUGUCGUCUUACAAGCUGUACUAUUUUGAUGCUCGUGGUCGCGCUGAACUGAUGCGCCUGAUAUUUGCCUACAAGGAUGUGACGUAUGAAGAUGUCAGGUACACUAGAGAGACAUGGCCAAGUGUGAAACCAUCGUUUCCUACUGGUCAGCUGCCGUGUCUUGAGGUCGAUGGGAAGAAACUGUCACAGAGUAUUGCUAUUACAAACUUCCUAGCUAGGAAAUAUGACUUGUAUGGUGCUGACAUCUGGCAACAGGCGAGGAUUGAUGAAGUCAUUCAGUCCAUAAUGGACUUCAUCACUGCGUGGGUCAGAGCUGUCCAUGAGAAAGAUGAGACAAAGAAGGAAGAGUUGAAAAAGAAGGUGGGUGAAGAGGACUACCCGAAGUUCUGCGCCAAGAUGGAGAUGUGGCUGAAGGAGAACGGAGAACAUGGAGUCUUUGUCGGCAACGAUAUAACGGUUGCAGACAUGGCAGUGUUUGAUGUGAUGUGGAGCACCAGGAAACAUUCGGUCAACAACAGUGUGUUUGACGACGACAAGUACAAACUGCUGAUGGCCAACUUCAAGAAGAUCGAAACACAUCCCAAGAUAGCCGCCUGGAUCGAGAAGAGACCCGACACUACAGUCUGAUCCCGAAACCUGCAGCGGGGAAAAAGGAUGACAAAUAAAUUAAAAAACUGUCGGAUCGCAUGAAACCAAAACCUUUUACAGCAUUACCACCUAAGAUGAAGAACAGUUGAUUUCUUAAAGGCCCAGACCCUAGUUUCAGCCCAUGAAAAUGGACACUGAGUUUAGUUAAUCUACACACCUGCAAAUGGACACUGAGUUUAGUUAAUCUACACACCUGCAA